CGACCAUCGGUCGACACAGUCGCGUUUCGGUUCGGUUUGCUAUACGUAGUUCGCUUGUGUUUUAUUGUUUUUUUUAUUUAAAGUGUUGUUUACUGUACUGAUAGUGGGACUGAAAACGGUGUAAUAGUUACGUGUUAUGUAAGUGACUCAAUGAAAUUAUAUUUUUCGAAUGGAUUGAGUUACGAUGUUACCUCCUACGGCCGGAAUAGCGCAAGUUCAACGUGACCGGCCCGAAAUGGCAUAUCAGCAACGACGUGACGUGCGAGAUAUAACAAGAGACAUUAUUAGAGAAGCCCGCAUUUCAAACAGACAAUCUAUGUCGCCUGGAGCUCGAGACAGAUUUCCAUCGACGUCAUCGACGGACGAAAAUGAGUCCGGCACCGACGGCGAGGCGGACCGAUCCCGGGGCGCGGGACUGUCGCUCGUACACCCUGGACCGCCGCCGGGUGGUAUAAUAGUGCGCAAGCGACGCGGGAACCUGCCGAAGCAUUCUGUCAAGAUCCUCAAGCGCUGGCUGUACGAGCAUCGAUACAAUGCGUAUCCGAGCGACGCGGAGAAGCUCACGCUCAGUCAAGAGGCUAAUUUGACAGUUUUGCAGGUGUGCAACUGGUUCAUCAACGCGCGGCGCCGCAUCCUGCCCGAGAUGAUCCGGCGCGAGGGCCACGACCCGCUGCACUACACCAUCUCGCGCCGCGGCCGCAAGCAGCUGGGCGCGGGCGGCGCGGGCUCCAGCGCCGGCGUCGUGGUCACCGCGUGGGACGGCGACGCCGACGGCGACGGCGAGCGCCGCGACCACGACUACGGCGACGGGCUGCUCGUGUACCGCAGCGACGGCGACGAGCUGGCCGACGGCGAGGAGGGCUACUCGUCCAGCGCCGUCAGCGAGGAGGAGGUCAAGUACGACCCCUCCGUGUGGCAGUCCGUCAUCCGCUACGGGCCCGAGGACCGCGACCUGCACCCCGCCGCCCGCGGGCGCGGUGGCGGCAGGUCUGCGGCCGUGGUGACGGUGCGCACGGCGGAGGAGGGCGAGGGGGAGGGGGAGGGCGACGCGGGCGCGGGGGGCUGGCAUCCGCAGCUCGCGCAUCUGCCGCAGUUGCCGCAUCCGCUGCGUCGCAAGCUGCAGACGGCGGGCGGCGCGGGCGGCGCGGGCGCGGAGGGCGAGCGCGACAAGUUCAAGUGCCUGUACCUGCUGGUGGAGACCGCCGUCGCCGUGCGCCAGCGGGAGAAGGAGCAGGAGGAGGUGCCCGUCUAGCGCCGGAGAACGGCUGCAAAAACAUUUGGACACAGUUCAUCUCGCAGGAAUUGUAUGGUACGGCUAUGUUUAACCUAACUUCCAUUAAUGUAGGCCCACAUAACUUAGACAUUGUAGAAAUUUCUAUAUAAUAAUGCGGAAGGGAUACAUUUAUAUAAUAUAUAAAUUAUAUAAUGAAACAUUUGAAUUCUGAAACAAUUGUUUUGAAAGAUAUGUAGUUUUUAUAUGCUUUUAAGAUCCCAUCCGUAGUCAAUAAUAAAAGGUAACACACUUAGCACUAUAUAUCUAGUAAUAAUAUUGAGUAGCUAUAUAUCAAGAACCUUUCGAUGAAACGGGAAAGCUUUACUAUGGAUAUAUUAACGAUAAAAAAAUAUCACAAUAUACUUAAAGUUUCAAGUUAUGCAAAUAAUGUGAUAAAAAGCUAAAUAUAUAAUUAAAGUUCCGGUUAUAUGCAGUUAAGUUGAUAUCCGACACAAAGAUUUGUCCGAUUAAUACAAUAAUAUUAAUAUUUAUUGGUAAUGAUAAGGUACAAUUUUAUGUACUCAAACCUUUUGUUUUAACAAAAAUAUAAAGCAGAUAGCCACUGCCGUUAUAAAAGUUAUCUUAAGGAGAUCUGAUAUAAUUUGAAUAACCAUGGUUAUUUAAAGCAACUAACCAUUAAAUGGGUUAGACCAGCGUUACUCAACCUACAGGCUUUUGUAGUUGGUCCGCUUGGUGUUACUUUAUUUUAAACUAUUUUUAAUUUAUAUUUUUAACACCUAAAUCAUUUGAAUUAAACAACUGCUUGUGACUAUUGUGACCACGGACACUGCAGUGUUUGAAACGUCAGGAAUUAAUAAAAAUAUUUUAAAAUUAUACAUGAUAAUUCCUUUUCUAAUUAUUUAAUUUAUAACUAUUUCGAAAUGUAAGAAAUCAUUAGCUAAAUAUUUUUUUUGUUUGUGACACCAUGCCUAACACGUGUUUGUGGCCCCUAUGAAGAAACGGUUGAGUAUCGCUGGGUUAAACGGUGUCCAAGUUUAUUAAUCUCAAUAAGAUAUAUAAAUAAAAAUACGCUUAUUCUCUGUACGGUGAAGUCGUUAUCGUGAGGAAACCUGCAUGUGUCUAAUUUCAUUAAAACUCUGCCACAUGUGUAUUCCACCAACCCUCAUUGGAGCAGCGUAGUGGAAUAAGCUCCAAACCUUCUCCUCAAAAAAGGAGAGGAGGCCUUAGUCUAGCAGUGGAACAUUCACAGGCUGUUACUGUAUUGUCUGUAUCUCUUAAAAAAAUAUAUAAUGACUCAUGUAACAAUUCUCAAUCCGUGGUUUGCGAAGUAAUUAAAUAAACAAUUCAGAAUGUU